UCGCUUCUCGUGAUCAUCUUCAGAUCCUGUCCAAACACUCAGACCAGCGUUAGAUGGACUUGAGCUGGAUCUGAUUGUUGAAUUUUAAUACGGUAUUAUUUUGAUCAGCAAUAUCUGACACCACGUGACUGUAACCAUUGACUUUGUGUUUCUCGUCUACAGCCAUGAGAUUGCUGUUGCUAUGGUUACCGCUGAGUUCGGGAGUCACUCCUGUAUUCUGUACACACACACAAUGGUGCGGUGAUGUCUGAGGACACGGUGAGGCAGACGCGCAGUCAGAAGCGUGCUCUAGAGCGGGACUCUCAGGCCGCAGACGGGAAGCGGCUGAAGCUGGAUGGCGUCGAGCGCUCCCGAUCAGAGACAGCUGUGGCGGUCCAGGACUCCAGCAUCCUGAAGGCCACCAUCAAAGUAGAGCUGCAGACGGGAGACGAGCCCAUGGACACGAGCAACACUGCGAUGAAGAGAGAGGCGAGCUCUCCGUCGCCUGAGGAUGUGAUCGUUCUGUCGGACGAGGAGCCCAGUCCGCCGGGGAACGGAGGAAAUCUCGUCAAAGAGCUGGACACGGAUCUGCUGAUGAGGAGCUCUCCAAAGGAGCGCGAGCGCGUCAUCAAGCAGCUGAAGGAGGAGCUGCGUUUAGAGGAGGCCAAACUCAUCCUGCUCAAGAAACUCAGACAGAGUCACAUACACAAAGACAAAGGCGCACAGAAGCCGGCGGCUCCUGUGUCCAGCGCUCCUCCUCCUCUAGUGAAGGGAUCUGCUGCUGGGAAAACAGCACAACCUGUGAUCUCCGCUCGGGCUUCUGGGACGGUGAUUCCUCCUCCGCUGGUGCGCGGCGCUCAGCUGUCCAAACACGGCUUGGCCGGAGCUCAGAUCAUCCUGCCGCCGCUGGUCCGAGGAGCUCAGUCGAUCUCAGUGUCGCCGCAGCAGAUCUCCAUCCUGAGACAGCAGCAGAACUCCUCAGGGCCUCCUCCGCUGCUCCUCGCUCCCAGAGCCACGCUGAGCAGCGUCUCGGGACAGAAGAUCAUCCAGCCCGGCCUCAUACGCAUGACCUCCAUCUCCAGCACAGGCCUGCUUCUCAGCAUCAGCCAGGCCGCCGGCUCAAAGCUGAAGAGCGGCUCGAAUGCGAGUCUGUCUCCAGACAGCCGUCAGGCGGCUAAACUAGCGCUGCGCAAACAGCUGGAGAAGACGCUGCUGGAGAUCCCUCCGCCCAAACCGUCCUCGCCGCAGCUCACCUUCGUGCCGUCAGCGGCCAGUAACCAGUUCAUCUACCUGCUGGGGCUGGAGGAGGUGGUGCAGAACCUGCUGGAGUCUCUGGGCCGAGGUAAGCAGGGUCUGUACGCCGGUCUGGUGGUCAGUGCUGGAGAGCCGAGCUGCUGCUCUCAGUGUCAGACGGACUUCACCUGCUGCUGGCGCCGAGACGAGGGCGGAGCCGUCAUGUGUGAGCAGUGCAUGUCGUCCAAUCAGAAGAAGCUGCUGAAGGCCGAACACACCAAUCGGCUGAAGGCAGCGUUCGUUAAGGCUCUUCAGCAGGAGCGGGAGAUCGAUCAGCGCGUUGUGCAGCAGGCCACGCCCCCUGCCUCCUCCUCCUCUGCUCAUGGGAUGAAGGCCGAUCAGGUGAAAGUGCGCUCGUCUUCAGUUCAGCAGACGCAGGGACGCCUCGGUCCGAGCGUGAGCCGGCACGCCGCAGCCGUCAGACAGGUGUCUCGCGCCGUUCCUCACGCCUUCUCCUCGUCCUCUCAGCUGCAGAACGCAGUGGCGGCCGCCGCUCUGGUCAGCAGGCCAGGUAAGCAUGCAGAGCGUCAGGGGUCAAAGGUCAGCAGCAGCAGUGUGAGGAAACGGAGCAGCGGCGCAGCAGGUGUGACUAUGGCCUAUGUGAACCCCAGUCUGUCGGUCCAGAAGCCGUCUGCGGUGGAGCGUCACAGAGAGUUUCUGCUGGGCAUGAUCGCGUCUCGCUCCGUCUCACAGAACACAAACACCUGGAAGUAAAGCCGCUGGAGGUUCUGGAUUCAUCUGUGUGUGCUCCGGUCGGGUCGAUCUGCCGCAGGAUCUGAGCGCUUUCUGCAGGUUUCUUCUCAAGGGCUUUGAGUCUCGUCUGAUGCGGAGCGGCUUCCUACAGAAAACACGACCGAGUGACUGCUCCACGCGCUCUGUGUGCUUCUGUUACGGCUUCUCUUCAUUCAGGUUUCUUUGUGCAGUUAUACACACGUGUGUGAUUUCAGCUGAAGGAUGUGUGUGUCACGCGUGCUUGACGAAUCACGUUUGGCAGGUCUUCCACAAACAUUUAUUAUUUCAGCUCAUAGUUUCAGUCAAACAGACUUUCUUUGAACCAUGUCUGAGUUUCUUUUAUUUGUCAGUAUUUUCUUUUGCAGUCAGUAUGAUUAUAUCGUUUUGUCUAAAAUGUUUCUAAAUGUAAAACAUUUGAUUAAAAGAGUUUAAGUAAUUGGUGCAGAAGAUCAUCAGUAUGCUCGGAUUAUGAUUUAAUGAGCUGCUGCUGCUGAUGAUGAUGAUGAUGAAGGCAGAUUGGUUUGUUAAACUGCACAUGAACAAACCUCAUCACUGAUUAUAAACAGAUAAUAUUCAUGUUUCUGGCCGUCGAACAGCUGAGGUCACUGAUGCGCUUGUUUUUGUUUCGCGGUGAUGAUGAUGAUGAUGAUGAUGAUGUCACACCGUCGUGUUUCCAUGGUUACCGAUGCUCCUGCAACAUGUACAAAGUUACAGUUUGUUAGAUUCAUUUGUUCCUGUAAUAAACGUUUU